UACCACCACCAAUAGCAACACAGUGAACCCUGGCAACACACAGCCAUUGCGCUUGCAAUCCCCACUUCGUUUUGUCAACAAAAUGGCUGAUUUGGGGGAUGAUACCGGAGCGAGAGCCCUGUUGGCCCUCAAAUCCGCUCCUUGUAGCCCGGUGGGUAUAUCGAUCCCGCCCGUGUACACUCUCUCCUCCUCGACUUCUUCCCGGAUCACAUCCUCCAUGCCCCUCUCCCCUCUGUCGCAGGCCCUCGCGCGGCUGGAAGGCAGGGACUUCGAGUUCGUCAUGCGCCAGAGGUCGGUGACUGUCGGGAGGAAUUCCUCGCACGGCUCCGUGGAUGUCAACAUGGGCCACUCCAGUUUCAUAUCCAGAAGACAUCUGCAGAUCGCCUUCGAGGAGCCGCAUUUCUAUCUGCGCUGUCUCGGCAAGAACGGCGUGUUUGUCGAUGGCGUUUUUCAGAGGAGAGGCGCACCUCCACUUCUCUUACCGAGGGAGUGCACUUUUCGAUUUCCCAGUACAGUGAUAAAGAUUCAGUUUACAAUGCUUUACCACAAGGAGACACUGAAGGAAGAGGCUCCUGUUUCACCUGUGAGACCACUUUACCCACAAAUCUCUCCGCUGAAAAUCAGCAUUCCUGAAAAUGACUUCAGAAGUAUGAUGAGUCCCCUGCCUUCACCCACAGGAACUAUUAGUGUUCCCAAUUCCUGUCCAGCGAGUCCUCGUGGAGCUGGAUCUUCAGGAUACCGCUUCGGACACAACAUCACCUCAGACCUUCAGUUGGCAGCUGAGUUUGCAGUCAAGGCUGUAUCAGAACAGCGCACUGAAGCCACUGGAGGAGAUAGUCCUAAGGAUGAAUCCAAACCUCCAUAUUCAUAUGCUCAGCUGAUAGUUCAGGCCAUCUCGUCUGCACUGGACAGACAGUUAACACUAAGCGGCAUCUACGCUCACAUCACCAAGUAUUAUCCCUACUACAGGACAGCCGACAAGGGCUGGCAGAAUUCCAUCAGACACAACCUGUCUCUGAACCGCUACUUUAUUAAAGUGCCACGCUCACAGGAAGAGCCAGGAAAGGGUUCAUUCUGGCGUGUAGACCCCUCAUCUGAGGCCAAGCUGGUGGAGCAGGCCUUCCGAAAGCGUCGGCAGAGAGGUGUAUCCUGCUUCCGCACACCCUUCGGUCCACUCUCCUCCAGGAGUGCCCCAGCAUCUCCCACACACUCUGGCCUCCUCUCUCCACAUUCAAGUGGCCUGCAGACCCCUGAGUGUUUGUCUCGGGAUGGGUCACCAGUGUCUCAUGAGCAUGAUUUUGGCUCCAAGCUUGCUUCUGUGCCCGAGUACAGAUACUCACAGAGUGCACCAGGCUCUCCAGUGAGCGCCCACCCUGUAAUCAUGGCCGUACCACCUCAGCCCUCAUCCGUGAUACCCAAACCUGUGGUUUACAUGCCGGCCUCAAUCAUUAGCUCCUCCCAGGCCUCUGGUCAGGCCAUUCAUGUGGUGCAGCAGGCGCCAGCUGUCACCAUGGUCCGUGUAGUGACCACCUCUACAAACUCUCCCAAUGGCUACAUCCUGGCUAACACUUCCUCCUCCAGCUCUGUAGAUGGAUUUAGAGAUCAGAGAGUAGAUGAGAUGCCUGUGGUUGGAAGUAGAGUUAUUCAGGCUGUAGGAAGUCACAUAAGCUCCGCCAAUAGGGGGCAGCAGAGCUACACUGUUGUUCAGCAGAGCGCCAUACACCAGCUUCCCGUGCAGACGAUUGCUCAGAAUGGCAAACAUGCACUCCCUAUCACCAGUGUAUCAUCCAGUGCUUAUGCUCUUACCAAUCCUCUGCAGAUCUUGGCUGCCCAGGCCUCAACAUCCCCUCCUGUUUUAGUCAACAGGCCUACUAGCAGGGAGGUCGUAGAGUCCGGUAACUAUGAGCCCGAGCCCAAACGGCACAAAAUGGAGGAGGAUUCUGUCGCUCCAGUCCCACAACCUGUUAUUGUUGCAAUGAACCAAGAGGCCAGCGAAUGAAUGAGUGAGUGGAAGAGUCGAUGAUGGAUCUUUAAAGCACGUUCCUCAAUAUCAGGAAAGUGUCUUGUUUUCGUUCAACCAAGGACUUUAAUGUAUUGAAAACGACAAACCCGAACACGGGUAACUGAAUCGAAUGUUUUGUAUAAAGAGGUUAAAAAUUGUGUUUCAUGGAGUGGGGGUAUAUUGAGCUACAUCUGGAAGCAUUAAAAUUCAAUGCUCGAACAGUUUUAAUUUUGUAGGGGUUUUUAAUCGUGGAAAGAAUGUCCCUCAAAGGUAUGAAGAGAGGUGCAUGUGUGCCGCCAAGUAGUUCCUCACAAGGUACAAGUGAGAAAGUUCUUACUUUUGGGUUGGGGUGGGACCAAUACUUAUGCAGCUAUUACAGAUUGAGAACACGAGUCUCUCCGAAUUGAAGCAGUAUAUAUAAAUGGGGUCACAGGAAGCUGUUACUUCAGUUUCCUGUGCAGCCUUUGUGAGGAUUUAUUUAUCUCUCUGUUCAAAAAGGCUUAGAAAUAUUAAAAUAAGAUUGUUACUACUAAAAAGCACAUAAAGCAUCCUACAAAAUAGAUAUAGAAGCCUUUCUAGAUGGAGUUUAAAAUACAAUGUUGUAAUGUACUUUUUUUCUUUCUUUUUUUCUUUUGUGUGGAGGACUCGCUUGCUUAUUACAAAGAGAAAUGUCUAGAAAAUGCUCAUUUCUAAAUUGGUCUAUAUUUAGCGUGAAAUUAAAAAGAACUCAAUGAAUGUAAGUACCGUUUGUUUGUUUAUUGUUAUGGUUCAUGGCACCCAUUUUUGACCUAAAAAGUUUAUUAAAAAGUUCAAAUGUGUUUGUGGACAAAUUUGUCCUAUUAUGUGUUUUAAGAAGUGAAAUAACUAAGUUUAAAGUUAAUUACAUUUAACGUUGCUCAGUUGUAUCUGUCCAUAGCACUUAGGCCAAAAUUGUGCUUUGUAGAUAUCUUGCAUAGUAACAUGAUCAGGACUGCAUCAAUUGAUGAAAGCAAGUAAACAUUAGGUUGAAAUUUUGGGACGGGCUUCAUGUCAACCAAAUGCUUUGCCAUUUCUAAGACCCAGGACUGUAACUGUUAAUAUUGAUUGUUGGAGAGGAUGUGGCCCUUUAAAGAUCAUAGAAGCCACUAAAUGAAUGUUCAAUAUCUUUUUCUGAGCAUUCAAGACCUCACAAUUAUUUGCUCCUUUAAGAAGCUUAUUUUAGUAAUAUGCACAAAAGCAGCCUUUAAUGAGCCUUUCUAAUUUUACAAAGAGAAGAGUCAAUAUAUAUUGUUAGAAUCAUCAAAAAGGUUUUUCAAGACAAUCACUAAUGGGAUAGUUCAGUAACUGCUCUAUAUUUAGCAAAUUAUAUGCACCACAAAUGUGGAAAAGAACCCUACAGUACUUUCUAAGUAAGCUAAAUGUUAUCUUUAACUUAUUUGUAUGCUAACGUAGUUGUACAAUGACCGUACAGUGUUCCUUUUGUAGUAGAAAUGGAAAGGAUACUUUAACAGACCAAAUACAUAUCCUCAUUAUUAGUGCCUUAGCACUACUACUUUCAGGACUCAAAAAUUCAUUGUGAUAUACUAUUUUAAGAAAACAACUCCCAACUUUGAAACUUAAAGAAGUUCAUUUUCAGGUUUGUUGGAAACGGCACACAUCAUUCAGCUGUCUAACACACAGCUGUUUACAUUGACCUAGAAUGUAGGAAUCUAGAAGAAUAGAUAUGAUGUGGACUUUUGAUAGAAAUCGACUGAGCAAUACGAUAAAAGUAGACAUGAAAUUAAAUAUUACGAGUUUCUCUUUAUUAUUUGACAAUUUAUGUAUGCAUCAGUGCUCACUUGCAGCUCAAUUUUGUAAGGUAGAUUAAAAACCUUUGAUUUCCGCACAAUAAAGAGUGAUCUGUAUCACAUCUCCAUAAACAUCUUAGUCUUUUGGAGAACAGCAUUAACAAUGGUUUUAACACUGGGCAUUGAAAAAACACUUGGAAAAGCUUCAACUAUCUGUGAUUGUAUGAUAAAUUCAAACAUUACUAAAGCUGUAUAUAUUUGGAUAUAAUUAUGGCCUUUCAGAGAGUUCUCCUUAUUAGUCAGAUUUGUUAAGGGACACUUUGAUGUGUCAAAUCUUUCCUAUGUGGGAUUUAAUAAACAAAUGAGACCACCACUAUUUCAUUACAAGUCUGUUCUUUUGUUUCAUAUAUUCAUUUUCCUUUUUUUUUUUUCUUUUUUUU